AUGUACCUGGUGUGUGCCUGGUUUUCGCCCGUGCACCCCCCCUUACCCUUCUCAUCCCCACUCCCCUUGCCUCCUGUCCAUCCCCACUUCCCUUUCCCCCUGUCCAUCCCCACUCCCCUUGCCCCCUGUCCAUCCCCACUUCCCUUUCCCCCUGUCCAUCCCCACUUCCCUUGCCCCCUGUUCAUCCCCACUUCCCUUUCCCCCUGUCCAUCCCCACUUCCCUUUCCCCCUGUCCAUCCCCACUCCCCUUUCCCCCUGUCCAUCCCCACUUCCCUUUCCCCCUGUCCAUCCCCACUUCCCUUUCCCCCUAUCCAUCCCCACUCCCCUUUCCCCCUGUCCAUCCCCACUUCCCUUUCCCCCUGUCCAUCCCCACUUCCCUUUCCCCCGGUCCAUCCCCACUCCCCUAAACCCCUGUCCAUCCCCACAUCCCUUUCCCCCUGUCCAUCCCCAAUUCCCUUUCCCCCUGUCCAUCCCCACUUCCCUUUCCCCCUGUCCAUCUCCACUUCCCUUUCCCCCUGUCCAUCCCCACUCCCCUUGCCCCCUGUCCAUCCCCACUUCCCUUUCCCUCGGUCCAUCCCCACUCCCCUAAACCCCUGUCCAUCCCCACAUCCCUUCCCCCCUGUCCAUCCCCAAUUCCCUUUCCCUCUGUCCAUCCCCACUUCCCUUUCCCCUGUCCAUCCCCACUCCCCUUUCCCCCUGUCCAUCCCCACUCCCCUUGCCCCUUGUCCAUCCCCACUUCCCUUUCCCUCGGUCCAUCCCCACUCCCCUAAACCCCUGUCCAUCCCCACAUCCCUUUCCCCCUGUCCAUCCCCACUUCCCUUUCCCCCUGUCCAACAAUGGCGAGGGGGAAAGGGAGGUGGGGAUGGACACGAGGAUAGGGGAGUGGUGAUGGACACAGUGGAAAGGGAAGUGGGGAUGAACAGGGGGAAAGGGGAGUGGGGACGAACAGGGGGAAAGGGAAGUGGGGAUGGACAGGGGGUAAGGGAAGUGGGUAUGGACAGGGGGAAAGGGGAGUGGGGAUGGACAUGGGGUAAGGGGAGUGGGGAUGGACAGGGGGAAAGGGAAGUGGGGAUGGACAAGGGGAAAGGGGUGUGUGGAUGGACUGGGGGGGAGUGGGGAUGGACAGGGGGAAAGGGAAGUGGGGAUGGACAGGGGGAAAGGGAAGUGGGGAUGGACAGGGGGAAAGGGAAUUGGGGAUGGACAGGGGGAAAGGGAUGUGGGGAUGGACAGGGGUUUAGGGGAGUGGGGAUGGACCGAGGGAAAGGGAAGUGGGGAUGGACAGGGGGCAAGGGGAGUGGGGAUGGACAGGGGGAAAGGGAAGUGGAGAUGGACAGGGGGAAAGGGAAGUGGGGAUGGACAGGGGGAAAGGGAAUUGGGGAUGGACAGGGGGAAAGGGAUGUGGGGAUGGACAGGGGUUUAGGGGAGUGGGGAUGGACCGGGGGAAAGGGAAGUGGGGAUGGACAGGGGGAAAGGGAAGUGGGGAUGGACAGGGGGAAAGGGGAGUGGGGAUGGAUAGGGGGAAAGGGAAGUGGGGAUGGACAGGGGGAAAGGGAAGUGGGGAUGGACAGGGGGAAAGGGGAGUGGGGAUGGACAGGGGGAAAGGGAAGUGGGGAUGGACAGGGGGAAAGAGAAGUGGGGAUGAACAGGGGGCAAGGGAAGUGGGGAUGGACAGGGGGAAAGGGAAGUGGGGAUGGACAGGGGGCAAGGGGAGUGGGGAUGGACAGGGGGAAAGGGAAGUGGGGAUGGACAGGAGGCAAGGGGAGUGGGGAUGAGAAGGGUAAGGGGGGGCGCACGGGCGAAAACCAGGCACACACCAGGUACAUACCAGGUACGUACCAGGAGUCGGGGACACUCACACUAGUACACCCGAGAAGUCGUGUCAGAAUCAGGCCUGUCAAGAGGCUUGAUGGCUAA